AUGGAAGAUCAGAGGAUAAUUUUCAGACCCUUCUUUCCGACGUCACCAGGUUCGCUGGAAUUGUUUUCGACAAGUAUCGAGUCACGCCGCUUCGACAUUUUCACACUCAACAUUCAGCAAUUGGUUAAUGAGGAAGUCUACGAGAAGAAAGAAAACGAAAAUGUCACACACAUGUCGAACAACAUGGAAAAGCUGCGCAAUUCUGAAAAUCCACAGCUCGUCGAAAACCAAUUUGUUCAAGAGGAGGAAGUCUUCGAUGAGAUUCAUCUCGCUACGUGGACAUCUUCCGGCAUUCAUUUAGAAAACGAGAAUGAUUUCGGUUGUUCAUUUUUUGUUUCUCAAUAA